GUAUCUCUUGUUAAAGAUAAGACUAUUGCCAUAAGGGACGUGAAGAGUUACUGAUAAGAACAGCGAGUCGUGAUAUUGUGAUUCUCUUUUGUUCAAGUUUGGAAGCAAUAUGAUAGGAGUGGCAAUUUUCUGCGUUGUUGUUUUUGUUGGUGUAUGUAAUGGACAACACUGUGGAAGUACUUCGACUUGUGCAUCACAACAUGGUUCACAUGUGUGUGGUACCAACGGAAUAACGUACACGAAUUACUGCUACCUGAACCACGCUAUAUGCCUGUACAAGCUGCAGCACCGUCACCUGGCGAUGGCCUACAUGGGGUACUGCCACAGGACUACACCAGCUACACACAUAGACACCAAACAUUGUGAUGUUAUAUGUGACGAGGAAGAACCAACCAAUCGGGUUUGUCUUAGCGACGGACAGACUUAUGAUACACAGUGUGACGCUAACAACGCGAUAUGUAACGCCACACACAAUCAUCAACACUUGACUGUAGUUAGCAAAGGUCCAUGCCUUGACCUGCACAGCUCCUGUGCAGAUGCCUUACAUUCUCACACCUGUCCGCACACACAGGAUUAUGUCUGCGCUACCAAUGGAUACACAUAUGCAAACGAAUGCUACCUGAGAACAGCUCAGUGCCGACUUUUAUCAUCUCCGGACAACACUAAACCGAUUGAAGUUCUGCACGCGGGCAAGUGUCUAGACAACUCUACAAAUCUAUCUAGGGAUGUGGAUUGCUCAACAUACGCAGACAUGAACUAUGAACAAAUACCUGUUGCGGUGGAAGGUGGUCUGACUCAGGUUGUGAAGAUCAAUCGCUGUAACACUACUGUCGGUCAUCAAAACUUGGUGUGUGCUGAUGGAAUUACAUACUCGGAUGAGUGUCACUUCUGUCAUAGAAUGGCAUUAUUGCAUAAGAUAUCUUACACGGAUGGAUUGACAAUACCCAUCGCAUAUGACGGCAGAUGCCACCACCAGAUUAUCAUUGGAUAGAUCCGGCCGCUUUAUGUACAGAAAACUAUUGUAUUCGAAAAUAAAAAAAGACAUUUAAACAUAAAAUAAAGACAAUUAUGUCAAA